AUGGCGGACUCAACUCAAAUGUUCAGGGCUGGUGAAACUCAUGGCCACGCUCAGGCCAAGAGCGAGGAGUGUAUUCAAUCUGCUAAGGACACCGCAAGCACUGCUUGUGACAAGACAGAAAAUGCUGCUCAAUCCACCAGGGACUCUGCCCAGCAACAAGACUCCGGGUUUCUUCAACAGACUGGGGAGAAAAUAGCAGACAUGACCCAGGGUGCAGUGGACAGCGUGAAGAACACACUUGGAAUUGGUGACAACAGCAACGACAACAAUAACAAUAACAGCAGUUGA